UGUGAUUUUAAACUCAUUAACGUAAGAAGAAAUUAAUAGCUUAUAGGUAUCAGUUUCUACUUAAAGGGCCGUAAUUCGCUUUCAGUAUUUAGUUUAUUUUAUACUUCUUGUUCCGGGCGUUCCGGCUAUUGGUUAACUGCAUCAAUCAAAAUUUAAAAGUGACUUAUCCAUAAAAAAAAAAUCACCAUGAUGUGUUUUAAAACCAUCGUGUUGUUAUCCGCUAUUGCGUGUUUGGUCAGUGCCGAAAAGAGAUCACUGAAAGAACGUAUUUUCAAUUGCAAACUCAUCCCGCUUAAAAAACAUCAUUCUAUUUUUAACACUGUCAUCCCGUCAAUCGAGCACUCUCUCCCGGUCGAUUCUGCUGUUCCUAUCGAUUAUACCGUUCCUACAGGAGUUCCUACACUUGGAAUAGAGCCUGUUUCUACGCCGUUACCUGAUGUACCACAGCAAGAAGUUCAGUACCCACCACAGCAAGAAGUUCAGUAUCCACCACAACCGGAAGCGCAGUAUCCUGCACCGCAGCAAGAGGGACAGCCUCCUGUAACGCCACAACAAGAAGUGCUUAAUCCACCACAACAGGAAGUACAGUAUCCACCACUAUCGGAAGUGCAGAAUCCGCCACAGCAACAAAUAUUGUACCCCCCGCAACACGAGGGCCAACGCCCUUCACAACAUUAUGUAGCUCAGAAUCCACCAUCAAAUGAAGGGUUGUAUCCACCGCAACACAAUGGGCAGUAUUAUCCAUCUCAAAACGAAGGACUGUAUUAUGCACCGUCGAACUACCAAGGUUUUACUAAUGUCCCAUAUAACUACCCCGUCUAUGGGCAAAAUGUACUGAGGUCCGUGAAGUCUUUCGACGGCCAAACGUAUACAACCCACCAACGACCAUCAUACAGAAUUAAUACGCUUUUUCCACAGCCAAUCCCAUACUACAACAACCCACAUUCGUACGGCUUGUACGCUGCUCCACAAUAUAACUAUGUGCCACAAGCGCCAAAAACACCUAAAGCCCUCGUAAAAUCGACUUGAUUAUUUACUUACAUUACGACCGUUUUAAUUUUUAUCACAAUAAACAUUUUAGUUUUUAGUAUUAUUACAUAUAUAAAUGGUGAUCUUGAAAAAUUAAAAACGUGUUUCAUUUUUUACAAGGACAAUAAACUUAUUCAUUUAUUCUA